UAUAAAAUUUGAAUAUGGCAACACAGGUUUAUCGAAGAAACAUAUCGAGUUUUAUUUAUUUCUUGAAUGAAAGUGACAGCCGAAUGAGAAAGUAAGUAAAAAACAUUGAAUUUCUAUUUGUAUUUGUAUUUUAUUAUACAUUUCAGGAAUGGAAAACACUCCUACAACAUCAAAGCGGCAAAAGCGAAUUUUAAAUUUCGCGGAGGUUGAAGAGGCAGCUAAUAAGAGAGGUUAAAGAGUGGCCCAGGAUAUGGGACAUUACAAACCCAUUACAUUCUAAUAAAAAUGCUGUGGAACAGGCUUGGGUCCAUAUAAGCAAUUCGCUAGGCAAAAAUGUCAAUGAAUGCAAAGCCGGAUGGACAAGUCUACGGGAAAGUUAUCGCUACCACGCAAGGGUGGCACGAAAACACAAAAGCGGUAGCGCUGGUGGCUUAAUGCUGGAGGAACCUUCAUUUUCUGAAGCUAUUGAUUGGGAGUUCGCUGAGGAAAUGGCAUUCUUGCCAAAUGUGUCCCACAAAAGAAAGACUUUCACAUCCCCAGCACUUUUCGGAGAAGAGUCAAACACCUCUCCAUUAUGUACAGCGGAGGAAUCAAAUGUUUCACAACCUAAUGAAAGUUGUACACAGUACGAUUACGUGAGUACAUGUGAUCCAGCACCUCCAAAACGUUGUAGGUCAUCUAGCACAAGCCAGAAUCCUGAGGUAUGGAACCGUUUCAGUACUAUUUUAAAAAAACAAGAAGGUUGCUGGAAAACCGCAGGCGCACAACCAACAACUCACCUUACACACAAGCACUAUCCACUUUUGACUGGUUGUUAAAUCAGCUUCCACGGUAUAUUGGCGAUGACAUUUGCUUAACAAUUAAUAGCAUUCUUUUACAGAAAGUGGAAGAACACAAAGCAACAAUUAAUUAAGAAUAAAUAGCAUACUUUUACAGAAAGUGGAAUAAUUUCAAGCAACAAUUAGUGGCAUACAUCAUGUACGAAUAUAUAUUUUUAUUAGUUUUGGCUUUUAUUCUUUCGUUUAUUAAAUAUUUAUUAAUUUUUUACAAUAGUCUAGUUCAUUAUUUGUAUAACAUCAUAUACAUACAUCCACAUUUCAAGCUUUGUACAAAAAUGAGAAAAAUUCACCAAAUUUUCAUCAGAAUUUCAAUCUUAAUAAUUUUUGUACAAAAUUUUAAAUGUGGAUUUUCUAUGAUGUUAUACAUCAAGGCGCAUCCAUACAAGGUGGUGUCAAUUGCAUAUAAGUAAAAGUCCCGUGUAUUUUGUUAUUGCUUUUUGGUACAUCAGGAUGUCAAAACGAAAGAAAAUAGGAGAUAAUUUUCGCCCUUUCGUUUUGUUGACAUCCUGAAGUUACACCAUUUCGUUUUGUUGACAUCCUGAGGUUGCACAAUUUCGUCUUGGAUUACAUUCUCCAGUACUAGUGUAGAGACAAAAAUAUCCAAUCAGCUGUUCAAAUAACACCACCUUGUAUAGAUGCGCCUUGGUUAUACAUAUAAUGAGCUAGACUUUUAUGAUUAAUAAAAAAUUAAUAAAUCUUAAAUUAACAAAAGAAUUAAGCCGAAACUGGUAAAAAUCUCGCACACCUAUAUUUUUGUAAAGAAAGUUUAACAACAGUAAGAAAAGUACUGACUAGGUUUAAAGAAAAAAUCUU